AAGUAAAUACGCACCACAUGAACUUGGACGGAGUUAAACGACCAAAAAUAACACGUUUUGAAAAGCAAUGGACCACCUCCGGUGAUCGACCCUGUAUCUUGACUUUCUUUUCUAUUUCUUGUGCCUUUCUUACUUUCUUCUGCCCAGCUUUGCCUUUAGUUCAGUGCCACCUGUCCAAUCUGAGAUCGGGUUUCGUCAGCGUGGGAGGGUAGCACUUGUAACCAUCCAGUAACACAACGACACGCUGCCACGAUCUCUCUGGGCGAGAGUAAACGUGAAUGGAGGAUUGAUGUUGUUGAUUUAAACAGACCGUCGUGUGACUGACUGAACGUGAAGCUCAAAUCAGUGGUCGCUCUUUCCCGUAAGUGACCGACGGUCCUUUCACUUUCCGCUUUCAGUUUCGAUGCCCGUCUGUCGGCCAGUUUAGGGUCUCUUUUCGCGAUGGCCGCAGCUAAGCCUUCGGUGUCCAUGGAUCAAUGCACCUGCUCGGUGUGUCUGGAGGUCCUGAGGGAGCCGGUCACCAUCCCGUGUGGGCACAGCUACUGCCUGAAGUGUAUUAAUCGCUACUGGAGCCAGACAGACAGACUGAAGAUCUACAGAUGUCCUCAGUGCAGGCGGGUGUUUAGCGCGAGGCCUGAGCUGAACAGAAACACCAUCUUAGCAGAACUGAUAGAGAAACUGAAGGAGGCGAAGGCCGACGUGAGCCCGUCUCACAAUUACACGGGACCUGACGGCGUGUGCUGCGAUGUUUGUCCGGGGAGGAAACUGAGCGCCGUGAAGACCUGCCUGACCUGCAUGGCCUCCUACUGUGAGGCUCACCUGCAGCCGCACCGGCAGUCCGAAGCUCUGAAGAGACACAAGCUGGAGGAGCCGACUGGAAACCUCGAGGAGAAACUCUGCCCCAAACACCAGAAAGUCCUUGAAAUGUUCUGUCGGACCGACGAGAGCUGCGUGUGUUCCAUGUGUGCGGCCACUGAACAUAAGAGCCACGACACGGUGACACUGGACAUGGAGAGAGCCGAGAGACAGAGUCAGCUGAAAAAGAGAAAAGCUGAAAUGAAAAAGAAAGUUGAGGAGAAAGAGACAAAACUGAGGGAGAUGAAGGACACCAUUGUGAGGAUUCAGAGCUCUGCAGAUACAGAAGUGCAGGAACUUGAAGAGACCUUCACAUCUGUUCUUGAGUCCAUUAAGAGGCUGAGGUCAGAAGUCGCUGAGGUCAUCCGAGAUUACGAGCAGAAAGAAGUGAGAAAGACUGAGGAGCUCAUGGAGCAGCUGGAGAAGGAGAUUGAGGAGCUGAAGAGGAGAGACGCUGAGCUGGCCGAACUUUCAAAGAUUGAUGACCACAUCCACUUCAUGAAGAAGUUGCCAUCUUUCUGCGACACUCCUAAAGAAGAUACAUCUAACAUUGCUGCUAAUGGAGACUUUAUUCCUGAGACUCUGAGGAAAGACCUUUCUGAUCUGAAGAGAAGUCUGGAGGAGCUCAGUGGCUGGGAGUUUGUGAAGAGAAGUGAGGCUGAGGCUGAUGAUCCAUGUCAGGUCCUGCAGAAUCUGAGAAGCAGAAAUUACCUUUUAAAACACUCCUGUCCGGUCACCCUGGACCUCAACACAGCACACAGACACCUCCGCCUUUCUCAAGGGAACAAAAAGGUGACACAUAAGGAGAUGGAGACCCCGUAUCCUGAUCAUCCUGACAGAUUUGACUUUUGGCUCCAAGUUCUGUGCAGAGAGACUCUGAGUGGGACUCGCUGCUACUGGGAGGCCGAGUGGAGUGGCAACGGGGUGGCGAUGGCAGUGACGUAUAAAGGAAUAAGCAGGAAAGGACGGAGUGACAAGUGUGUACUUGGAUUCAAUGAGAAGUCCUGGUGUUUGAUUUGCUCCGAGUCCAAUUAUUCUGUGCGCCAUAAUAACCUGAAGACUCAAAUCAGCGCCCCCUACAGUCACAGAAUAGGCGUCUAUCUGGACUGUCCCUCUGGGUCUCUGUCCUUUUAUAGCAUCUCAGACACCAUGACCCUCAUACACAAGUUCAAGACCUCCUUCACUGAGCCACUCUAUCCGGCGUUUGGAUUUAACUUUAACUCCAGUGUGACCAUCUGCCCUCUCUGAACAUUGACUGGCGUCAUCUGCUGGUCACUUCAUGUUUUCUGUCAUAAGAACAUAAGACAUUUGACAAAUGAGAGGAGGCCAUUCAGACCAUCAAGCUCAUUUGUUUAACUAAAGCUAAGCUGCCCCAAAAUCUCAACCUCCUUCUCCUUAAGGGUUGUCCAUCGUUUUUGCUUCAUCUCCAUGUCUCAGUAGUUUGUUCCAGACUCCCACUGCUCCUUGCGUAAAGAAGAGCUUCCCGGCUUUAGUCCCAAAGGCACUUCCCCUUCAUUUUCACUGACGUCCUCGAGUGCGUGAUUCACCCUUAAGAUGAAAGAAAUGUUGCCGGAUCAACGUUUUUGAUGCCUUUGAGAAUUCUGACAACCUGGAUGAGGUCUCCACACUGUCUCCUCUCCUCGAGACUGAACAGGUUUAAUUCUCUGAGUCUGUCACAGUAGGGCAUGUUCUCAAGUCCCAUGAUGCACCUGGCUGCUCUCCUCUGCACUGCUGCAAGUGCUGCUAUGUCUGUCUUGUGGUGUGGUGACCAGAACUGCACACAGCACUCCAGAUGAGGUCAUACGAGUGCAUUGUAUAUAUUUGAGCACAACGUCCCUUGACUUACAUUCAGCACUUUUUAUGGUAUAACCUAAUGUCUUAUUUGCCUUUCUAGUUGCUCCUGCGCUUUGCUUACUGAAUGCCAUUUAAAAAUUAAUAUUCUCAAGAAGCUCUUCAUUGAGGAGAAAACAGCAGAGACAAUGAAAUGCUUCAGCACAACCUCAGCAAACUUACUGUAGAAUUACAAUAAUGAACUCCACGCCGUAAUCUUUAAAACUGAGUAUUUAUUCUUUAUGAUUGUUUUAGAUAACAUUGAACGUCACUUUCCCCUGACUUGUAGAAGAUGAAUCAUUCUCUGUGCUAGAGUGUGCUGGAGGAUUUCACAAACCGUCUUUCAUGAUACACUUUGAUCCCGUCUGCUGUUACCCUAAAUAUCGAGGUCAAGGUGGUCAGCGAUUUUACAUCCAGGGCUACCUGAGCCUCACACAAAAACGUUUGAAGCUAAGGGUUCUGGUCUACAGUGUGGAGCUCCCUGUUCAAAGGAAUUACUUACUGUAUGUUACUUACCCCAUGUACAGUAGUUUGUAAAAAAAAACAUUUAAUCCUACUGUAUGUUUGAAUGCAGAAUGGACAAAAAACGAAAAAAAAUUCUGAAACAACAUAAAAGUCAACGGAGACCGAUAACAGCAAACAAGAACACAUGGUCCUAAUGAGUCCAGCAUUCUGACUUUGGUCUUAACACAUUUACCCUGUUUUGGCUUGUCUACACCUUCAUUCUUUUGAAAUUAUUCCUAUUUUGCUUUAAAAAGUGUUUUACUUUAGUUUUUUUUUUAUUUGUUUGUUUUAAAGGUUAUUCUUUUUAUUUGGUCUAUUUAAAAGUUGAAGGUUUCAUUGAAUUUCAUUGUUGUUUGACUUUUCUCUUUGCAUGCAGUCUUGAGUGACAAUUAGUUAAAUAAAUUGAAUUAUUAAAACU